AUGGAUCAUCACCAGAAGAGGAAUCUAACUUUUCUGUCCAUCGGACUGAUAUUCAUGCUGAGCGGCAUCGAGUACGCUGUCAUCCUGCCUACGAUAUGGAGGUAUCUGCAGAUUCUGGAGGCCCCGCCGUACUUCCUGGGUCUGGGUCUGUCUGCCUUCAGCCUCAGCGCGCUGCUCACUGGACCCCUGUUUGGAUUCUGGUCUGACCGGAGCAAAACUACGAAGUCCAUCGUCCUCUUGUCCAACGUCUUUGAGAUUCUGGGUAACUUCAUGUAUUUCAUUGGAUACUCGAAGUGGCUGUUGCUGAGCAGUCGUCUUGUCGCAGGUGUGGGUGCAGGGGCCGGCUCCUCCAUCUUCGGUUUCCUGACGCGCAGCACCCGGCCGGACGAGCGCGCCGGCGUCUUCGCCGCCAUCAUGGCCUGUCGGCAGGUGGGCCUGCUGCUGGGGCCGGCGUUCAACCUGUUCCUGCGGCUGUGUGAUUUCAGACUGGGGCCCUUUGUUGUGAACAAGUAUACGUCUCCUGGGAUAUUCAUGUGCCUGCUGUGGGUGCUGGUCCAGUUCGUGGUCCUGGCGAUGUACUGGGACGUGCCGCCGCUCGGCCCGGAGGCGGGCGCCGUCAUGAUGGAGAUGAAGCGGGAGGAGGAGGAGGAGGACGAGGAGGCGCCGCUGCUGAUGGGGUCUGCCGACGAGGAGCCGGUUCACACCUACAAAGCCGUCAGCACCGGCCAGUCGGAGGCCUCGGCCCGGCCCGACCACGCCGCCUCCGACCCCUUCAGGGGCUUCAGCGCCGCCAGAGAGUUCAUGAGAGAAGAGGUGGUUGUUCUCCUCACGGCUCAGUUCAUCACUCUCUUCAAUCAGACGGCGCUGGAGACGAUGGUCACCCUGACGCAGCGCUACUUCGGCUUCGGCGAGCUGGGCAACAGCCUGAUGUACAGCCUGUGCGGCGUGGAGGUCGUGCUGGGCUUCGUCCUGGUGCGCUGGCUGAGCGGGAGGGUGGCGGACCGCGCCGUGCUGGCGGCCGGCCUGCUCAUCUGCUGCGCCGCCUGCAUCUGGUGCCUCGUCUUCCUCUGCAGCCCCCGAGGUGGUUACGGAUGGGAGCUGUCGGCCUUCGCCAUCGGGGUGUUCCUGCAGCUGCUGGGGCUUCCCUUCGUCGCCGUGUCUCAGGUGUCUCUCUUCUCUAAAGUCACAGCCGAGAAAACACAAGGCUUCAGCCAAGGUGUCAGACGCUCAGUGGGGGGCCUGGCCACCAUCCUGGGUCCCUUGUGGGCUGGAGGACUGACCAGCAAUUUGUACAUAAUGCUGGGAAUGAUGCUGGCUCUGCUGGUGAUGAUCACAGUCAUGACGGCGCUGUCCUACGAGCGGCUGGCUGAGCCCAGGGCCGUGGAGAGCGGAGGAUAGAGGACAGAGGGAGGCGGACGGACGGAGCGCAGGUUUACCGC